AUGAGGAGUCGGAAAACGAAGGGGAGAGACCCCAAUUCAAGGAUCGGAUCUCCUAGUUAUCCAUUUUCAUCAAAGGCUGGAGAAGGUACGACAUACCUCCCGAGCGAGAAAUUACCGACGAGUCAGAUUGCUACCGAAGCCACAGUAGUUGAGACAGUCACGAACAAUCCUGCAUCGAGCCACCGGUGUCAUCUAUGUCUGCUAGACGACACCGAUCCUGUGGAAAAGAAGGAGAGAUCCUGGCGUCUCCGUGAGCUUGAUAUCCACUUGAGCACAGACUAUCAUAGCCGCCUGAGUGUUUUGAAGAGAACUGUUGCGAAUGAAUUGAAGCUACAGGGGAGUGGGAAGUUGAGUUGCCCAAUUUGUGAAAUGACAAACGAAGGCGACGACGAAGAAACUGAACCGCCGCAGUUCGCUACGGCGUUCAAAAUGGUUGAACAUUUGACGAAAGUACACAACUAUGAAUGA